AUGGGCCUGGGGGACCUGGGCCAGUCCAGACAGCGCAGCACCCGGAGACUCCUUGGAGUCCCGGGUAGAGCUGGCCUUUGGUCUCCAGGCUCUCCUUCGACGGGUGAUGAUACCUUCGGGGGCGACACGGGCAACCACGUGCAGGAGCCGAGCGCCCGGGCCAGCUGGCGGCUGGAGGACCUGGGCCGGCGGCUGGUGCGCGUCUUCCAGCGGGCGGUGGCGCGCGGGAGUUCUCGGCGCGCGCGGGAGGCGGCGGCGGCGGCGGCGGCGGCGCGGGAAGAGCGGAUCCGGGCGCGGGAAGAGCGGAGCGGGGCGCGCGUGCAGUGCGCUCUGGCCAAGCUGCGCGCGGAGCUGCUGGAUAUGCGUUUCCAGAGCCAUCAGCUGACCAGAACGUUACUGGAGUUAAACUUGAAAAUGUUGCAGUUGCAAGAGGAACAUGAACUGGAGACUCCUGAGAAUCUGGAGCAUGGAGACUUGGAAUCUGAAUCUUAA